AUGGGAAACGUAACUGCGAUUUCCCUGAAGAGACGAGAUGGUAAUUAUACAUCACCUGGACCAACAGUCUGUGGAGGCGUCAACACUCGAUAUUUAGAUGAGGUAGGACCAAUCCCAGCUGUCAUUCUUCCGUCGGGACCUUACUGUCGCGAGAAAAAAUUUUCAUCACGCGGUCCUAUCGUUAAAGAACAAAGUAAGCAGACUCGAUCUACUCCUCCACCACCUAAGUCACCAACAACGCAUCAAAGUUUUCCAAAUCGAACAUUAUCAAUGAUGCAGCCUCCUCAUCCACAAAUCGGCAUGCCGCCCCCUAUGGGCUUUCCAUAUUUUCAACUUCCACCAAAUAUGCCACCAGGAAAUUUUUUCUUUCCACCUCCAAUGCCGAAACCACCGAUGCCACCAUCGAAUUAUUUUAAACCCUGGCGAUGUAACAAUCUUCCGGAGCCAACUCAGACCAUUCCACCCGAACCAUGUUUAUCGAAGAAAAGGAGCAGAAAUGAAAUAUUUGAAGAGCUGAACAAAGUGUUAGCUCAGAAAAAGCAAGAAGAUGAAGCACUUCAAAAAGUUGCUCAAGAAAUUGCUGACUUCCGAUGUAAGAAAUCUAACGAAGAAAUGCAGCCACCAACUGUAGCAAUUCAAGCGGCGCCGCAAGAGGCACCACCGCCACCACCACCGGUUGAAGCUCCUCAUAAAAAAUGCAGAACCGUUGUUAAACCUGUUAUAUAUUGUAAAAGCAAGCAAAAGCCACCAGAGAAAAUGAAACAUAAAGCAUUUUGCAAUUUGAAGAAGAAUUUGAAUGAUCUUUUGAAAAAGAAUUAUAUGCUGACGCUGGAAAAUCAACUGCUGUAUGAAAUGGUAAUCAAACACAAGUUGGAAGAGCAAACCGCCCCAGUGUGUAAAGUUCAGCAACGCCAGCAGGAACCAGUUCAGCACGCGUCUUGCUGUCCAAUAUCAAAAUGCAGAGUAUCAUCGCUGCCAGCCAAAAACAAACGUGCCGGCGAGUACCCAUGUCGUUUGCAUCAGAGAAAAAUCCAGCAGAUCGUAGACGAUGGUACGGAUCCCUGCAUAAUGAGCUGGCGUGCUAGCAAUCUAUACAGAAUGCUUCAGCAACGGUCUCCCAUCAACCCUCCAAAUAAUGCUGCCAACCCACAAGACGUUACUGACGCAACUUCAAAAAAUAAUACAACUACUAGAAGACGUAACUGUACGUACGUUCUAGAAAAAGAACCGGCAAAAGUCAACAUGCCAUGCUUUAGAGUAACGUUACAAAAACCUGAUAUCGAAGCACUCGAACAAAUCACUUUUGCAUCUAAAAAUGAAACUGAAAAUAAACCCCAAACAGAUCAGAAGUUAUGUUUAGACCCUUAUGAUUUCACAGUAUCGCCUUCCAAUAAAGUUAACAGUGAGAUUAAAGAUCGUGAGUGCCACAAAAAGUGCUACAUAUUGCAGAAAGCAAAUAAAGAAUGCAACAACGUCCGCAGCGUCACUUCAGCGCCAAAUUUCUCUCCAAUCAGUUGUCCUCAAACUGAAAACGUAAACGAAAAGAAUAUCAAACAAAAUGACAACCGGGCUAAAAAAUUUAAACUGAACAAUAAUUUUACCAAAAGAAUAAAAAACGAUGAGUCGUUCAUAAUAUGCCAGUCUGUGCCUUGUAAGAGAGAUUCCUGCUCUUCUUUCAUCGCCGACAUCGCCACACUAAUCCGCACGACGAAAGGAGAAAACGAUGGAAGGGGAAGUGUUGUUGAGAAACAAGAUCAGUGUUUAAAACAACAUGAUACGUUUAAUAAAUUUCCGGCUGUAUAUCAUAAAUUGAACGACAGUCCGAACUCACAGCUGGUGAAGUGCAAUACCCUCCCGCAACCAAGUUGUUGCAAUCCCACGCAAUUGUACAUGCGUCAGCCGUUUUUCUCUUUGUUGCAGAUGCAAGAGGAGCAUUCGCCUGAUAAAGAAAUUUGUUCUACAUUGCUCCAGCCAGCAAAAGCUAUGGACUACUGUAAUUUUGAUUAUGAAAUUGAUCGCUGGAUGUCCAAAGAUUCGAACUGGGUGCAGAAUGGUGAGAACAAAUACCGACAGGCUUGUAGGAAAAUAAUAGAAGGUCAUUUGAGAGCAAAGCCGAAAUGCGGUCAUCGGGCACGUAGAAGACUCUGCUCUCCUAUCUACGCCACCGAGACUUCCACUGACGACUCAGACCUCUUAUCAUCGUCGUCGUGCGAAUAUUGUUGCCGACGCAAAUGCAACGUUAAAGAUUUUUGUAGUCAACGUGCACUGAAGAAGCCCGUCUAUCAUCAUACUGGCCCACCCCAGAGGGCUGAUCAAAAUUUUCAACAUUACGAUCAACAUACGCAGCCACCUUAUUACAACUACCCAAACGUUCAAGAGAGUCAAGCAGCAGAGCAGCUCCAAUAUCCGAACCCCGGAGACCAGCACUACGAUGAAAACGCCACGCAAGUUGAUAGGUCUCAAAAACCUAUUCUAAUGCGACAUUCUCCUAAACAUUCUCCUAAACAAUCCAAAUCUCCAUCUUCAACAAACCCAAACGACCAAAACGUUAAAAAAGCUGGAAAGGUAUCAAUGGCGGACGAAUCAGAAGAGCGAGAAACUUCUUCAGAAGAUGCAACUCCAUCUACUGAUAGGAAAACAGAAAAAAAGAAAAAGAAGGGCGGUUGCUGGUCGAGAAAGAAGAAGAAAAAAACAAACGAUCGCGUCAAAAAAUAA